GUUGCUCUGAAAGAAAACGAGACUCAGUAGAGCCAGUACGAUCACAUUGCAGGUUGAUUCAGAUAGUGUUGGACCUGAAAGUGUCCACAUGGAUCACAUCAUGUCACGUCAGCAGCGGCAGAGCACAUCCAACGGACAUCACCAGCGCAUCAGCGUCACAUCUUCUGUUCAAUCCAACACUACGCAUUCAGCAGGGACGCACGGAGUAGACCUACAUCUCAGCUGCUUUUCCAAGAUCACAUGCGAGAUGGAAAUGAAUCUAAGCAGCAUCAUCAUCAUCGGGUUCUCGUUUUGAUUGCUCCAUUGAGAACGGAUCAACUGUGAAUUCAUUUCUUUCCCCGCAGCAAUGGUUCAUUUAGCGCGCGUUUGGAGAGAUGUCCACUUGUGGCAUGCGUUUCAGCGGAGAUAUUCAAGCUAAAUGGAAAACUUCAAUCAACAGAAUACUUCUCUUUAAGCUUUACCAAUAAAGCAAAGGUUCAGGAUGGAUUUCAACGUCACCUCCACUGAUAAUUCCAGUGAUGGGUCCAACUCAUCUCAACGAUUUAAUGCAGAGACAGAGGAGCAGUACCACAAUGUCCUCAUGCCCAGCAUUUACGGGGUCAUCUGUUUCGUCGGCAUUAUAGGCAAUUGCAUUGUCAUCUACACCAUUGUCAAAAAGACAAAGUUCAGAGCGCAGCAGACAGUCCCUGAUAUCUUCAUCUUUAGCUUGUCAAUCGCAGACCUUCUCUUUCUUCUUGGCAUGCCAUUCCUCAUCCACCAGCUUUUGGGAAACGGUUCUUGGUGUUUCGGUGCCACCAUGUGCACCGUUAUAACGGCACUGGACUCCAACAGCCAAAUCGUGAGCACCUACAUCCUGACCGUCAUGACGCUGGACCGAUACUUGGCGACGGUUCAUCCCAUUCGCUUUAACCACAUACGUACCCCGCGAGUGGCCGUAGCGGUCGUCGGGCUCGUUUGGAUACUCUCUCUGCUUUCCAUCACACCUGUGUGGAUGUAUGCCGGUCUCAUGCCCCUGCGAGACGGUUCGGUGGGAUGCGCUCUACUUCUCCCCAAUCCGGCCACAGACACGUACUGGUUUACUCUCUACCAGUUUGUGCUGGCUUUCGCCUUGCCCUUGGUGAUCAUCUGCGUGGUCUUUUUCAAGAUCCUCCAAAACAUGUCUGCAACGGUGGCCCCGCUCCCACAGCACAGCCUGCGCGUGCGCACCAGAAAGGUCACCCGAAUGGCCGUCGCCAUAUGCCUGGCCUUCUUUAUUUGUUGGGCACCAUAUUACGUUUUGCAACUGGCUCACCUGAGCGUGCAUCGACCCAGUUUCGCCUUUCUCUACGUCUAUAACAUCGCCAUAAGCAUGGGGUACGCCAACAGUUGCAUCAACCCAAUACUUUACAUCAUGCUCAGCGAGACCUUCAAGAGACAGUUCAUCGCAGCCAUCCGGCCCGCGCACAAAGACUUUCGGGCCGAACCCGGAACGGCCGAUGGGAGCGUCAGUCUGCGCUUGGGUCCUGAUGGAGCUCAACAGUCUCAGUCAUCCAGGGAGUUGCUGCCAGUAACCGUAGCUGUACACUGACUCCAGGUAAAGCUGAAGGUCUGAUGGAAACCCGGGAGACUGCAAUGAACCACGAUUACUGGCAUGGUGUUCAAAAUGUCUAUAAUGAGCAUCCGUUGAAAGACAUCCCUGGGCAUCCUGCAAAAUCGCUCAUUAAAAGAGUUUGUUUUAAAAUA